AUGCUCGGUAUAGGUGAUAAAAAUGAAGAAUUAAAAAAUAAUUUGGUACAAAUAGAAACUGGUGAGGGAAGAUCGGUAACAUUAGGAGCCACAGCUUUAAUACUCGCGCUACUUGGCUUCGAUGUAUAUUAUGCAUGUUACAGUGAGUAUCUAAGUCAAAGAGAUUACAAUGGAUUUUUAAAGAUAUUCGAUACAUUAGGUAUAACCCAAAAUAUUCGUUACGGUACAUUUAAUAAACUCUGUGCAGAAAUGAUUAAUCGAAAUGAAGAGAUUAGUCAAUCGGUAGAACAGUUUAUAUCAAACGGUUCUAAUAAUAUUGUAUCAAAUAGUCAACGUAUUGAGCGAGCUAAAAUAUUAUUGAUUGACGAGGUUGAUGUUUUCUUCAGUCAAGAUUUUUAUGGGAAUGUCUGUACACCAUCAGCUAGCUUAAGAGAUCCUACUAUUACAUCGUUAACCAAUUUUAUUUGGACACAAAGAAAAUCGAAAUUAAAUCUUAAUCAAGUUAAAGCCACACCAGAAUAUGUAGCUUGUUCUAAUAGAUUUCCAAAUAGGGAACCAUUGAUUCUAGAGGCUGUUAAAAGUCUCAUUUAUGACGUAAUCAGCUUUGAGUCUCAUAAUUAUAUUGUUAAGGAGGAUAAUAUUGUAUACAAUGUUGUUUAUGGUUAUAAAACUUUAUUUGCAUAUUAUUGUGAACAUGAAAAGGGAAAAAUAACUAAAAAUAGUUUAGAAGAAAGAAUAAAUGUAAAUAUUAAAUGUGAUAGUUUUUCUAGAGGAACAGAUUUUAUAUGCUAUGACAAAACUGUUGAGAAAAAUGGCGGUACAAAUGUUAUUCAGAUAUUUCUUUCUGAAGAGUUUUCAGAAGAAAUACAAAUCAAAGGGAGAACAGCGAGACAAGGGGAUUAUGGUUCUUAUAGUAUGGUGCUGCUCGAUAGUGAUUUAGAGAAAUUUCUCAUUCAGAGAGAAGAUAUUGAAGAUGUUAAGAAAGGUAAAAGAAUGUCAGAUGGUCGUGCAAGUGUGCCUAAUUCGACAAAAACCUAUAAUACCGUAUAUGAACUUCUUCAUGAUAAACGUAACGCUUUAUUCACAACACAGUAUGAGAAUAAUACAAAAUUUGUUCAACAAGCGAAAGAUAGUUAUGAAGCUACUCAAGAAUUUCUCAAACGUUUCAAUACUGCAAAUGCCAAUUACGUCAAAGAAUUUUUAGUAAAGAAAAACAAAGGAGCAAAUAUAGUCUCUAGUCAAUCACAAACAAUUUGCUUAAUGGAUGCUACAGUUUCAAUGACUCAUCUCUUACAUAACUGUAAAAAUACAGUAGGAACUAUGUUCGAGGGCACUACAGAAAUUUUAAGAGACAACAACAUCAGUGAAGAUUCAUUUCAAAUUCAAUAUGUCGUCUAUAGAAACUAUAAUAGUGUACAAGAUAAGAUUUUUCAAUUUUCUCCUUGGGAAACGAGAGCAGAUAAUUUACGAGCUUUCAUGAAUACAAUCAACGUUGAAGGAGGAUGGGGUAAUGAGGCUGUUGAAAUCGGUCUGUGCCAUGCUAACAAAGAAAACCAGAGAGAAAAUAUAACACAAAUUAUUCUGAUCGGUGAUGCACAUCCAAAUACAAAAGCUGAAGUAAAACAAAAGAGAAGUAAUGGUUUUGGAGAGGCAUAUUGA